CCUCAGAAAACAUCACUACAACACAAGCAAUGAAACCUCUGUGGUUUAUCUUCCUGUUUCUCCAGGUUUUUGUAAACUUGGAGUUUUCCUGGUCACAGGCCGUGAACACCUGUGAAAUUGGUGUAGUACUGCAUCCUCAUCUGUACAUAGCUGGAAUACCGUUGAAUGGUGAAGCCAUCACAGCUGGACGCAAGUUGCAUUUUGUUUGUAGAGCUGAUCAUGAACUGGAUGGCGCAACACAAAUUGAAUGUUUAAAAACUGGGCAAUGGAGCGCCCCCUUUCCAACCUGCUCUGCAAUAGGAUGUUCCAUCCCUCAGAUUGAACACGGCAGUGUCCCUACUGGCCCUCGAGAGUACAAAGAAAAUGAAGUCUUAAAUUUUAGCUGUGAUGCUACUUAUAAACGGGCUGAUGACAGACCUCCAAGAUGCACAAUAUUUGCAGGAAAAGCAGAUUGGAACCCCACACCUGCUUGUAAACCAAUACAAUGUGAGCUGAUUCUGCCACCACCCACUGGGACAACAUAUGACCCUCCAAACAGAAAUGUGUUUUCACCCGGAGAAAUGCUGAGAGUCUUAUGUGGGGAGACACACUGGAUUCUGGACGCUCAAACAAGGGAGUCCGAUGUUACUUGCAAUUACAAUGGAGUCUGGAACGCGCAUACUAAAUGCCAAGAGGUUAAAUGCCCGGCAUACAUUGAAGAAGACAAUUUGUAUUACAGAGUUAACGCUUGGGGAAGAAAUAAAUUAGGUGACAGAGUAACAUAUGACUGUAGCUGGGGCUACCAGACUGCAACUGCAGAUAAGACAGCGACAUGUACCAGAGAAGGCUGGACACCAAAACCACUUUGCAGAGCUCCUAUAGUUUGUUCAGCACCACCACUUCUUGAAGAUGGAGACACCAAAUCAUAUAUUAGCUCAGAUUCUGUGUUUCAACAUGGUGACAAAGUUGAAUACAUCUGUCAGCAAACGUAUACUUUGAGUGGGGAACCAUUUAAAACCUGCGACAACGGAGUAUGGAUAGGAGACAUGAGAUGCCUCAAACCCUGCACUGUGAACGAGCAGUUAAUGAACACACAUAAUAUUUGGUUUGCCCAUGGUUAUAGUGAUAAGCUAUAUGUGCCACAUAAGGAUCACCUUACAUUUGUUUGUAAACGAGGAACAAGACGUGUUGGCAGAGUACCGAUGCGUGUGCAGUGUAAUGAUGGGGAGAUGACCCUGCCCACUUGCCAAUAAAAGUCUUUGGAGAGCUUGAAAUAAAGUUGUAAUCACAAAA